CUGAUUCCAUUGUUCUCGGAACGGUCCAUAUUCCCCCUCUCCCCUCGCGAUAUGGGCCGCACGCAACUCAAGACAAAACUCAGGCGGAAGGUGUUCGUCGAGGACACGCAACAGCCAGCCACCCCCGCUCCCACCGUCGAGGCGCUCCUCGAGAAGGCGCAGGAGUUGAUCGUGCAGUGCGACUACGAGCUCGCGCGCAAGUUCAUUCAGAGAGCGCUCGAGCAACGACCAAACAAUGCGGUGGCGAAAGAAAUGCUCGGUGUCUCGCACCUUGAGCUCGGUGAACUGGAGCAGGCGAAGCAGAUAUUCACCUCCCUGAUAUCAGAAGGCGGUCCCUCUCCCCCUCCCCCGUCCGCGCAUCUGUAUCUCGCGCAGCUCAGCGAGGGGGAUCCGCACGCAGCCCUACGGCACUAUCAGGCUGCCGUAGACAUCCUUUCGACGCAGCUGAAGGGCAAGGAGCGCGCGACGGAUGAUAAUCCUGAUGAGGGCGAGGUUCGCAAGAACAUCGUCGGCGCGCUCAUCGCGCAAGUGGAGGUCUGGAUGGACCCGGAGUAUGAUUUAUGUUUCGACCCCGCCGCGGAGAAGACAUGCGAGGACCUACUAGCCACGGCUCUGCAAGUGGACCCAGGCAACUCAGAAGCCCUAUCCUCCCUGGCAUCUGUACGAAUGUCGCAACAACGACCGGACGACGCACGAAAAUGCCUCGAGGAAGCUUGGAAUAGAUGGAAGGACUUGGAGCUGGACGACCCCAAACUCCCUCCUCUAGAGAGCAGAAUAUCAAUCGUCAAGCUCUUCCUUGAGCUCGGCAUGUUCAACGAAGCUCUCCUCGUACUGAGCGGCAUCAUGGCCGAGGACGACCAAGACGUUGAGGCCUGGUACCUCGAGGGCUGGUGCUUCUUCAUGAUGGCCGAGCGCGCGCGCGAGAACGGCGGGGCGCUGGACGACUCGGAGCUGACCUGGGAGAACCUCGCGCGCGAUGCGCGGGAUUGCUUGGAGGCGUGUCGAACAAUCCACACAAACCUUGGCCAUCCGGACAAGCCUCUGCUCGAGCACGCACAGGAAUUGAUACAGCAGCUCGAUGCUGCAGGUAUCAAGCCGUCACCACUGGAGGAGGACGGUGACGUCAAUGACGAGGGAGAGUGGGAGGACGAGGACAGCGGCGACGAGGAUGUGCAGAUGCAGUGAGACGUGUUGUCUCUGCGCAUGUUCAUAUCCGUGUCCUUGAUGAUGUACUUGUCGAUGUAGCGUAGCGUUCACCUGUUUCCGACGUUGAGAGUCCGAUGCAUUAUGGAAGGAAUAGGCAUAUUCGUCUAUGAUACAUGGACCGUGGUCCAUCGUGUCUAAUCAUGAUGUCUAAAGCUACAAGGAGCUGAUCUACACCGCCGCCCAGAGACGCUUGUCCUGCUGGAAUCGGACUGUGAAGCGUUCAUCAGUGAACCGGUGAACAAGUAGCAAGUCGCUCACCAUACAAAGUCAGGAGAGAGCCAAUGAACAUGGUCGCCCCUGAAAACACC